AUGUGGUUGCUGUGGUCCAUCCUGCUCUGUGUCCCACUGUCUCUGUCUGUGAGUGGCCCACAUGAGCCUGAGGCACCAGCAGGUCCUGGCGAACUCCACUGUGGGCCACGGAGCCUUCGGUUCACUGUAUACCCUCCCCACCAGGGGACAACUACUCCUCCCGUGCUGAUAGCAUGGGACAACCGCGGGCUGCCACACAGGCUGCAGAAUGACUCCGGCUGUGGCACCCAGGUGACAGAGGGCCCAAGCAGCUCUGUGGUGUUAGAGGCGUCCUAUGGUGGCUGCUAUGUCAGUGCGUGGGACGCCCACCACGUCAUGCCAGUUGGAGUUGAAGGAGUAGAUGCCACUGGGCGCAAGACGGUUACAGAGACCAAGCUGCUCAAGUGCCCCAUGGUUCUCCCAGCCCUGAAUGCUCCAGGUGCUGACCUGUGUGACUCCGUCCCUGUGUGGGACAGACUGCCGUGUGCGCCUUCACCCACCACGCAAGGAGGCUGCAAGGAGUUGGGCUGCUGCUAUAGCGCUGAGGGAAAUUCCUGUUACUAUGGAAACACAGUGACCUCACGCUGUACCCAGGAUGGCCACUUCUCCAUCGCCGUGUCCCGGAACGUGACCUUGCCCCCGCUGGUCUUGAACUCUGUGCACCUGGCCUUCAAGAAUGACAGUGAUUGUAACCCUGUGAUGGCAACACACACCUUUGUCCUGUUCCGGUUUCCGUUUACUUCCUGUGGUACCACACGCUGGGUCACGGGAGACCAGGCGGUAUAUGAAAACGAGGUGCUCGCAACCAGGGACGUAAAAAGUUGGAGCCAUGGUUCCAUCACCCGUGACAGUAUCUUCAGGCUCCGAGUCAGCUGCAGCUACUCUGUGAGCAGCAACGCCCUUCCAGUUAACGUUCACAUUGUCACCCUCCCACCACCCAUCGCUGAGACCCAGCCUGGACCCCUCGCUCUGGAACUCCACAUCGCCAAAGAUGAAAACUACAGCUCUUACUACAGUACUGGUGACUACCCAGUGGUGAAGUUACUCAGGGACCCCAUUUACGUGGAGGUCUCCAUCCGUCACAGAACCGACCCCGGCCUCGGGCUGCUGCUACAUCAGUGUUGGGCCACGCCCAGCACAGACCCGCUGCAGCAGCCACAGUGGCCCCUGCUGGUGAAGGGGUGCCCCUACACUGGAGACAACUACCAAACCCAGCUGAUCCCUGUCCAGAAAGCUUCAGGUCUGCCCUUCCCAUCUCACUACCAGCGUUUCAGCAUCUUUACCUUCAGCUUUGUGGACCCAGCGGCCAGGCGGGCGCUCAGGGGACCGGUUUAUCUGCACUGCAGUGCCUCAGUCUGCCAGCCUGCAGGGACCCCAUCCUGUACGCUGACCUGUCCUAUUGCCAGGCGAAGAAGAAGCUCUGACAUCCAUUUUCAGAACGGUACUGCUAGCAUUUCUAGCAAGGGUCCCAUGAUUCUACUCCAAGCCACUAAGGAUGCUUCAGAAAAGCUUCGUUCUCCUGCAGACUCCCAGGCUCUGUGGGUGGCAGGCUUCUGCGGAACCUUGAUUGUUGGAGUCUUGUUAGUGUCCUACCUGGCGAUCAGGAAACAGAGAUGA